AGCCGGGGAUCGGCGGAGCAGUGAGCCGGGGAUUGCUGGGCGGGUGUGAAAGUAGCGCCCGCACUGCGUCAGUGUGCCGGGGCAGGGAGAGGGGGCAGAGCCGCCGGGAGGUGGAGCCGAGUGAGUGCCGCAGCCGAACACUGCUCGCACUACCCCCUUUGCAAGGAGCCAGUGCCGGAGCCAUGGGGGAUGCGAGGAGCGGGUGAGGGAAGGGAGAUCGAGAGGGAGCAGCCGGGUUUAGGCUGAGCAGCCGCCUCCAGCAGCGAUGAGCAACCCCAGCCCCAGCCCGGGAUCUUGCCGCUUCGCCGACUACUUCGUGCUGGCCGGCAUCGACACGGACAGCGGGCUGGAGCCCGACGAACUCUCAGCGCUAUGCCAGUGGGUAGAAGCAGCACGGUAUGGCAGGAGCCAAGAAUCUCCAUGUCCAAACAAAGCCUCAGGAGAAAACUUUGAUCAGAGUCCAUUGAGAAGAACCUUCAAGUCUAAAGUAUUAGCCCAUUAUCCUCAAAACGUGGAAUACAACCCUUUCGAUCAAGAUGCUGUCAAUAUGCUCUGCAUGCCCAAAGGGCUCUCCUUCAAAACCCAGGCGGAAAACAGGGACCCGCAGUUCCACGCCUUCCUCAUCACGCGGGAGGACGGCUCUCGCACCUACGGCUUCGUGCUCACCUUCUACGAGGAGGUCACCUGCCGGCAGAUCUGCAGCGCCAUGCAGACACUGUACCAGAUGCACAACGUGGAGCAGUGCAGCAGCGUGUACGCCUCGUCCUCCUGCAGCAUGGACUCGCUGGCCAGCAGCAUCGACGAGGGGGACAGCUCCUCGCAGGUCAAGAUGCAGCGCUACAACUCCUACGACAUCGGCCGCGACACCCUCUACGUGUCCAAGUGCAUCUGCCUGAUCACCCCGCUGCCCUUCGUGCAGGCCUGUCGCAAGUUCCUGCAGCAGCUGCACAAGGCGGUGAGCUCCCAGCAGACUCCACCACUGCCCCUGGAGAGCUACAUCCACAACAUCCUCUACGAGGUGCCGCUGCCUCCCCCCGGCCGCUCGCUCAAGUUCUCAGGGGUCUAUGGGCCGAUUAUCUGCCAGCGACCGGGACCGACUGAGCUUCCCCUCUUUGAUUUCCCACUGCGAGAAGUCUUUGAACUGCUGGGCGUGGAAAACUUGGUUCAGCUCUUCACCUGCGUGCUGCUGGAGAUGCAGAUUCUUCUGUACUCACAAGAUUACCAGCGGCUGAUGACGGUGGCCGAGGGGAUUACGGCUCUUCUGUUCCCCUUCCAGUGGCAACAUGUCUACGUCCCCAUCCUCCCGGCCUCCCUCCUGCACUUUCUCGACGCUCCAGUUCCCUACCUGAUGGGCUUGCAAUCCAAGGAACCCAAUGACCGGUCCAAGUUGGAGCUUGCACAGGAGGCAAACCUGUGCUUUGUGGACAUUGACAACCACUUCAUCGACCUGCCGGAGGAUUUCCCCCAGUUCCCCAACAAGCUGGAGUUCAUCCAGGAGAUCUCGGAGGUGCUGCUUCAGUUUGGGAUCCCGCCAGAGGGGAACCUGCACUGCAGCGAGAGUGCCGCUGAGCUGCAGAACCUGGUGCUGGACGAGCUGGUCCAUGACAAGAAGAACGGCAACCUGACCAGCACCACCAUCAACAUGUACGAGCUGCUGAAGGGCAACGAGACGCUGGCGCGGCUGCAGGCCCUGGCCAAGCGCACGGGGGUGUCCGUGGAGAAGAUGGAGAUAGCCGCACCCCUGGAGAAGGAGAGGGACACUAGGUGCCAGUGCAGUGAGGAGGAGCUCCGCGACUACAAGCUGGCCGUGCAACUCCGCGAGGUCUUUGCCAAACGCUUCACGCAAAUGUUCGCUGACUACGAGGCCUUUGUCAUCCAACCCGCACAGGACAUGGAGUCAUGGCUGACUAACCGGGAGCAGAUGCAGAAUUUUGACAAGGCUUCAUUUCUCUCGGACCAGCCAGAGCCCUACCUUCCUUUCCUCUCACACUUCAUAGAGACACAGAUGUUUGCAACUUUCAUCGACAAUAAGAUUGUGUCACUGUGGGAGGAGAAGGAUCCUUUGCUCAGGGUGUUUGAUUCGCGCAUCGAGAAAAUGAAGAUCUACAAUGUCCGCGUCCCCACAAUACGCACCUCAAACUAUCAGAAGUGUACCAUCUUGAAAGAAGCAGCCCAAGCCAUUGAGCAGCGACUGGUGAAGAUCGACCACACUGCCAUCCAUCCACACCUGCUGGACAUGAAGAUUGGACAGGGGAAGUAUGAGCAGGGCUUCUUCCCCAAGCUGCAGGCAGAUGUACUGGCAACAGGACCAACCAACAACAACCGAUGGGCGAACCGAGGCGCCACAGCGCAGCGAAGGAAGGAUCGUCUACGGCAACAUUCGGAGCACCUGGCACUGGACAACGACCUGAAAGAGCCAGUGGAGGGGCACCUCUUCCUCCACCACAACUCCAUGGCCUUCUGGGAAUGGGACCAGGGUUCGCCCCUCGCCGUACGACCUCCCAAAAAAUCCUCCUCCGAGUGCUCGCUGAAAUACAUGCAAGAGGCCCGGAGCUUAGGAAAAAGCUUACGGCAACCGAAACUCUCCGACCUAUCCCCCGCUGUCAUUGCACAAACUAACUGGAAGUUCGUGGAAGGACUGCUCAAAGAAUGUCGCAUUAAGACCAAGCGAAUGCUGGUGGAAAAGAUGGGUCACGAGGCAGUGGAACUGGGGCACGGAGAGGCCAACAUCACUGGCCUGGAGGAGAACACAUUGAUAGCGAGCUUGUGUGACCUGCUGGAGAGAAUCUGGAGUCAUGGGCUGCUCAUCAAACAGGGGAAGUCUGCACUCUGGUCCCACCUGGUACACUAUCAGGAGUGUGAGGAGAAGCGGGAAGCUAUUCUGGACAUCCCAGUUGGAAUUGGACCGGAACGGCGGAAGUCGGAGUCGGGACUGAUCUUGCCAUCCCUCAAGGUUUCCCUCAUCCAUGACAUGAGACAUGUCCAGCAAAUGAGUGAGAUUAAAACAGACGUGGGUCGAGCCCGGGCGUGGAUACGGCUCUCUCUGGAAAAAAAGGUGCUCUCCCAACAGCUUAAGCAACUGAUGUUCAACCAAAGUCUUAUCAAGAAGCUGUACAAGCGUUAUGCCUUCCUACGUUGCGAAGAGGAGAAGGAACAAUUCCUUUAUCACCUGUUGUCGCUCAAUGCCGUGGACUACUUCUGCUUUACCAGUGUGUUCACGACCAUCAUGAUCCCAUACAGAGCGGUGAUCAUCCCCAUCAAAAAGCUGAGUAACUCCAUCACCACUUCCAAUCCUUGGAUCAGUGUGUCGGGUGAGCUGGGUGGCACUGGAGUGAUGCAAGUCCCCAAGAACCUCUUGGAGAUGACCUUUGAGUGCCAGAACCUGGGCAAGCUGACAACCGUUCAGAUUGGACAUGACAACUCAGGGCUUUUAGCCAAGUGGCUGGUGGAUUGCGUGAUGGUCAGGAAUGAGAUCACAGGACACACCUACAGGUUCCCGUGCGGCCGGUGGCUGGGGAAGGGAGUGGACGACGGCAGUUUGGAGAGGAUCCUGGUGGGUGAGGUCAUCACCCCGGUGGUGGAGGAGGACCUGAGCAAGCAGUGCCGCACCCCGCCGCAGCUGCGAUCUCCCACCGUCGCCCGGCGACUCAGCAUCACCUCCCUCGGCGGCAAGGCGGGCAAGCCAAAUGCUGGGCAAAUCCAAGAAGGAAUUGGGGAAUCUAUCAAUAAUAUCGUGAAGCACUUUCACAAGCCAGAAAAAGAGAGAGGCAGUCUGACCAUACUGCUGUGUGGGGAGUAUGGCCUGGUGUCUGCGCUGGAACAAGUCUUUCACCACGGAUUCAAGUCAGUGCGGCUCUUCCAGAAGAACGUCUUCAUCUGGGACUUCCUAGAGAAAGCGGUCACGUACUUUGAAACGGCCGAAGAGGAGGAGUCCCAGGUCAACCUGCUGGAGGGGAAACGUUGCGCGGAGACCUCGCGAUCGCUGUGUCAGUACGUGAACGCCAUCAACACCGCGCCGAGGAACAUCGGGAAAGACGGGAAGCUGCAGCUGCUCGUGUGUCUCGGAGCCAGGGAUCAUCUGCUCCACCAGUGGAUCCCGUUGCUGGCAGAGUGCCCGGUCAUCUCCAGGAUGUACGAGGAUGGCGCCCUGCUCCGUGACCGCGCCACCGUCAACACGCUGAUCCGUGUCCUCCAGACACUGCACGACUUCAACAUCACGCUGGAGACCUCGCUGGUCAAGGGCAUCGACGUGUAGCGUUGGCUUUCCCAGAGGCGGGAACCCUUCCCCACCACCCCCGACAUGUUGUGUGGGGAGGGGCCUCCGAACCGCCAUGCCAUGACAUGACGAACGACCAUGAGACACUGAAUGGGGGUGGACAACAAACCAACUGCCGAAAGGUCAUUGUGUAGGAAGGAACUGCUGAUGCUGGUUUACACCGAAGAUAGACACAAAGUGGCUGGAGUAACUCAGCGGGUCAGGCAGCAUCUCCGGAGAAAUGGAAUAGGUGGCGUUUCAGGUCGAGCCCCUUCCUCAGACUGUGGAAGGAGCUGAAGAAGGGUCUUGACCUGAAACCUCACCUAUUCCUUUUCUCCAGAGGUGCUGCCCGACCCGCUGAGUUACUCCCGCAUUUUCUGUCUAUCUUCUGCCUAAAGGUCAUGCCAGUCGACCCUGGCAGAAGAAAAUAGUAUUGAUUGCGUUAUACAGAAGUCACAUAGAUAAUGAAGAGUAUUUUUGCCUGUUGGAUGUGUGUAAAUAAAUUGUACCUUUACCAAGAA